AAGUUAUUGAUGAAUUUAUACAGCAAUCACAACUUAAUGCUGUAUAUUAUAUGAAAUAUCUUGAAUGGAUACCUUUUGAAAAAUUUCAAAAUAUCACUUAUAUUGCAGAAGGUGGCUUUGGUAAGAUUUAUUCAGCAGAAUGGCCUGAGGGAAAUAUUGAAUAUUGGGAUAUUGAGAAUCAAAAAUGGUAUAGAGAGCAAAAUGAAAAAUAUGCAUUGAAAAGUUUGAAUAAUUCUUCUAAUAUAUGUUCAGAUUUUUUAAAUGAGAUUAAAUCUCAUCUUCAGAUUUAUCUUAAUAAUGUUGUUCAAUGUUUUGGAAUUACUCAAGAUCCAAAUAAUAAAGAGUAUAUGAUGGUUAUACGAUAUAUUAAUGAUGGAAAUUUGAGAAAUUAUUUAAAUAAAUCUGAAAAUUAUAUCGAUUAUAAAUUAAAAAUUGAUCAAUUACAACAAAUUGCAAAAGGACUUUUGGAUAUUCAUAAUGCUGAAAAAGUUCACAGAGAUUUUCAUUCAGGCAAUAUAUUAUUUAAUUAUAAUCCAUUUAUAAGUGAUUUAGGAAUGUGUCAACCAGCAAAUAUAAAGCAAACAGUUAAAGAAGAAGGAAUUUAUGGAGUAUUACCAUAUAUGGCACCAGAAGUUUUACGUGGACAACAAUAUACAAAAGCAGCAGAUAUUUACUCAUUUGGAAUAAUAAUGAACGAAUUUCUUUCUGAAGAAAUUCCUUUUAAUGAUAUUCCUCAUGAUGAAUUUUUAUCUAUUAAAAUAUGUAAGGGAUUUAGACCAACAAUUUCUAAAGAUGUACCAAAGUUACUUGCAGAUUUGAUAAUAAAAUGUUGGGAUGCUGAAAUAAAAAAUAGACCAAUCACUAAAGAGUUGUAUCAAACACUAAAUGAAUGGAAUAAUGAAAUUAAAGGUACUAAAGAUAUUGAAUAUAGUGAAGAUAGUGAAGAUAGUGAAGAUGAUGAAGAUGGCGAAGAUAGUGAAGAUGGUGGAAAUGGUGAAGAUGGUAAAGAUGGUGGAGAUAGUGAAGAUGUUAAAGAUGUUAAAGAUGAUGAAGAUGGCGAAGAUAGUGAAGAUGGUGGAAAUGGUGAAGAUGGUAAAGAUGGUGAAAAUGCUAAAGAUGGUGAAGAUGUUAAAGAUGUUGAAGAUGUUGAAGAUGUUGAAGAUGUUGAAGAUGAAGAUAAUGAAGAUAGUGAAGAUGGUGACAAUAAUCAAAAUAGUGAAAUAUAUUUUCAAAUAAAAGAAUGUGAUAAAAUUAGAAAAGAAAAAUUCAAAAACAGAUCAAAUGAAGAUAAAUCCAAAAGCUUCAAAACGCAUCCACAAGCAAUUUAUACUAGUAGACUUUUAAAUUUCAAAAAUCUUCCAAAACCAGUAAAUUCUUCAGAUUUAUCAUUUUUUCAAUUCAGUUCAGGUAAUUAA